AUGACAAUCCCCGACAAAACGAUGAAUGAAAAAACAGACACUGAGAGGUCCGCUCAGGAACCCGCCAACCCUGAAAUACUCAAUCCUUUAUUAUUCCUGCUGGCAGCUCGCCGUGGAGUACGCAACGAUGCACGCUUCGCCGAGACGGCCGUGUCGGACGACUACAUCAUGCGAUAUCAAGGCAAGUCCGGCGUGGAAGCCAUCAGCACGAGACCUCUCUGGAAGAGGAUUAUUUUCUUUCUAGGCAUCCUGCCCGCAAAAUUCAUGAUAGUCUUUUGCAUGUUCAACCUGGGUUACACGGCCACCGAUAUGAUUGACCACAAGCCCGCAUCCGAAGACCCAGAGUACAAUCGCUCUAGGCUCUGGUCUCGAACACGGAUAGGCGCUUACACUGCUCUUCUCACGACCUUUCUCCUGUUGGCAGCGAAGAGAUACGCGAAAUGCCUGGCCGCCGCCGCCACACCGCCGCAGUAUGAUCCCACGACUUACCAGUAUCGACUAACCAGCGCCCUGGAUCAACGCGGCAUUGAAUAUCGCGAGAUUGUUGCCGCCACACCAGAUGACAUGACUCGGUAUUGGAAGGAGCAACAGGCGCUGUGCGAGCGGUUCCGGAUAGUAGGGCUGGUGGACCCCGAGCAGGCCAACCACGUAUACGAUAUCGUGGUGCGGUUUUACAACAACGGAGGCAUUUAUAUGCAAUUUCCAGCCGCAGAUACGACGACAAGUCGGCCAGUGUUAGCCAUGUCGGCGAAUGAAUCUUCUUGA